CCUACUUACUACACUCCAGUAAUAUCCCGUACCUUUUGAGGGAAAGUCGUUUUGGACGGAAAAAAUAGUUAUUCUUCUUUAAAAAUGUAUCAAGAUCAAGAGGUUGGAGCUAAAUUGGAGAAGAAUAAGUUUGAGAAUUCUAUCAGUGAACUUAAGAAGAAGACUUUCGUUUCGGUAGCUGAUAUCGCGAGCUAUGGAGAGAGCAGCGUCACACCAGAGUACCAGGAGGCGUACCAGCGCUCCAUCAAUGACCCUGAAGGGUUCUGGGGAGAGGUGGCCCAGGAGCUGGAGUGGACCAAACCCUGGGAACGAGUGCUGGACAACAGUAAUCCACCGUUCACAAAAUGGUGGGUAGGAGGAGAAAUGUCGGUAUGUUACAAUGCAGUGGACAGACACGUGGCCAACGGCAAAGGAGAUCAGGUGGCCCUCGUUCACGACUCACCUUUAACCGACACAGUGCGCAAGAUCACAUACUCCGAGAUUAAAGAUCAGGUAUCCCGCCUAGCUGGCAAGCUGGCUUCACUGGGCGUGACGCGAGGCUCUCGGGUCCUGAUCUACAUGCCCCUCGUCCCUGAAGCCAUCAUCUCCAUGCUGGCCACCAACAGACUGGGGGCCAUCCAUUCCGUCGUAUUUGGAGGAUUCGCAGCGAGAGAACUAAGAACAAGAAUAGAGCAUGCUGAGCCCACCGUGAUCAUUGCAGCCAGCUGUGGUGUGGAGCCCAACAAAAUUGUCAGAUACAAAGACAUCCUGGACGAAGCGCUCUGCCAAUCAGACUUCCAGCCGAACAACUGCAUCAUAUACCAACGGCGAAGAGUCCUGGAGUGUACCCUGGAACCUGGCCGGGACAUCAACUGGGAGGACGCCUUGGAAGCUGAACCUGUGCCCUGUGUCCCUGUGGAAGCUAAUGAGCCGCUGUACAUCUUGUAUACUUCAGGUACAACAAGUGCUCCCAAAGGUAUUCAGCGUCCAUGUGGCCACGCAGCAGUUCUCUGCUGGUCUUUGAGAACAGUCUACGGCCUGAAGAAGGGAGUUUGGUGGGCAGCCUCCGAUCUUGGAUGGGUGGUCGGUCACUCCUACAUCUGCUACGGACCUCUGCUAGCCGGAGUUACCUCUGUGCUGUAUGAGGGCAAGCCUGAUCGAACUCCUGACCCUGGACAGUACUUUAGGAUCAUAGAACAGCACCGUGUGAAUGCCCUCUUCACGAUCCCCACAGCAUUCCGAGUGCUGAAGCGAGCUGAUCCCAACGCGAAGUACGCCAGGAGAUACUGCAGCAAGUCUCUGAAGACUGUCUUCAUCGCUGGAGAGCAUUGUGAUCAGGAUACGAGGCAAUGGUCGGAGCGUAUAUUCGGCGUGCCAGUACUGAACCACUGGUGGCAGACGGAGUCCGGGUCCCCCAUCACGGCGCCCUGCAUGGGAUACAACGUCAAGGCCAUCCCACCACAUUCUGCUGGCUACCCCGUUCCCGGAUAUGAUAUUCGUGCCCUAAAAGAAGAUGGGUCAGAAUGCCAACCCGGUGAGGUCGGCAGACUGGUGGCCAAGCUACCUCUGCCUCCAGGCUUCGCUUCAACCCUGUGGCAAGCUGACAAGCGAUUUAAAGAAACCUACUUUGAAACAUACCCGGGUUACUACGACACCCAAGAUGCGGGCUGGAUAAGUGCCGAAGGAGCUGUGUGGGUGGUAGCCAGAGCCGAUGACGUCAUCAACGUAGCUGGUCACCGUUUGUCCACUGCUGCUCUUGAAGACGUGGUCCUAAGACACGCUAGAGUAGCCGAUGCUGUAGUGGUUGGCGCUCCAGAUCCCACGAAAGGAGAUGUUCCUCUAUGUCUCUACGUUAUGAGGCCUCCUCAAGAUGAUGAAGAAAUCGUAGCUGAGAGCACAGUCACCCAAGAGCUAAUCGCGCUCGUUCGACACCUGAUUGGGCCUAUUGCUGCGUUCAGAAAGGCAGUAGCUGUCCCCGCGCUACCUAGGACCAGGUCUGGAAAAGCCCUUCGUGGAGCCAUCGCCAAGCUAGCCAGAUCCCAACUAGUAAAGCUCCCAUCAACAAUUGAAGAUCCUUCGGUAUUCGGGGAAAUCAAAAUCGCUCUGCAAAAAUUCGGAUACGCCAUAGACGCACCCGAUCCAGAAUUGUAAAUAAUUAGUAAAUAAACAAUAUUAGAUUUAGAGAAUACGAAGAGAUGAACUACCUAGCCAGUUAAUUUUUAUGUUUAUUUUAGAUAAGUUUUUAGCUAUAAUUCAAUAUUUUGGUCUAUCAUCCAGCCGUUGGUUUCCUGUCAUAAAAAAUAUGUUUUUGUAACAAAUCAAAUAAUAAAGAAAACACACUUUUGAUGUGUUGCCACUGUGAUAGAAAGCUGGAAGUAGCUUUUUAUUUUAUGUACAAUGUAAUUUAAAUAAUUUUAAAUACCAAAAACUGCUCUAUUGUAUUAUAGUUACUUUUUAAUAUUUCUAAUAAUGAUCUGGUUUUUUUCAUCAUUCAUUUAAUAAAUGAUUCAAAUCUUUGAUAUGUUUAAAUACACUAGGUCUCUAGGCACACGCCAAUUAUAUUUUUUAUUACGUAGAGCAUAGGCAACUCAUCGUUUUACAUGAGCUGUGUAUUGUGUAGCACAUAUUUUCCUAGACUACAUAUUAUGUAUUGGAGCGUGCCUAAUUUAACUUAUUUAGGGAAUUUUAAAUUAUUUUAGGUAGAAUUUUCUAAUGAUAAGAAUAGAAUAGAAAAUUUUAAAAAAUAAAUUCAUGGUUGUAAUUAAAAGUAAAAAGGUAACAAUUGGUGAACUUUGAAUGUAAGUAAGAUUAACUAAUAUUAGAUAGUUUUGUUUAGUACCAGGCUUAAUUUUUAAUCUACUUAUCAAUUCCUUUAUCUAGUAGGUACUUCAUGUACAAGUUUAACAAUUUGUGACAUUUGUAUGGGUGAUGUUAUUUAAGAUAAUUAGAUAAUAUUAAAAACUAAUUAGCUACGUAUUUUAUUAUUAAAAUGAGUAUUUUAAAAUAAUAAAAUGUCUGAU